UUUUUCUGGUUUCUGGACCAAGCUGACCCAUUUUGGAGGCACUAAAAUGAAAACAAGUGAAAUGUUACUUCUUGUUAGAUUCUUCUGUAGGUUUGUUUUUUUUCAGCUUCAUUGCAGUUUUUCAGUACUUAAAGGGGGCUUAUAAAAAAGAUGGAGAACAACUUUUUGCUCAAGCAGAUUAUAGGAAUGGCUUUAAACUGAAAGAGGGCAGAUUUAGAUUAGAGGUUAGGAGGAAGUUCUUCACUCAGAGGGUGGUAAGACCCUGGCACAGAUUUCCCAGAGAAGCUGUAGGUGCCCCAUCCCUGGAUGUGUUCAAGGCCAGGUUAGGUGAGGCCUUGGGCAACCUGAUCUAGUGGGUGGCAUCCCUGUCUAUAGCAGAGGGUUGGAUCUGGGUCAUCUUUAAGAUCCCUUCCAACCCAAGUACUUCUUUGAUUCUAGUGAAUGAACCAUACUCUGACAGACCCAUACUCUGGAGGCUGUCUCCAACCCCCAGAUAGCCAUCAUCAAAAGGAUGUUAUCUCAGCCAGCGGUGCUACCUGAAACUGCAGGACCGAGACCCAAGAUUUAAACUUCUCUUGCAUAAAUCUGUAAUUCCCCAACACAGAGUUGAUAAACAGCCCACUGAAGAUCCAGCUUCAGGCAGGAUCCCUGCUGUCUGAGAAAUGCUUGGGCUGCCUUGCCUUGACUCAGCAGAGGUUCUAUCCAAAAUCCCACAGAAUCACGUGGCGAUGCACAUCAGCUUCCUGGCCUCCAGGCAGGUUGGUAGGUCUGAAACCCUGCUGGUGAGGGUGGAAAUGAGAAUAAUCACGUUUCACAGCAUUAGGCCGCAGGCAGUGAAACACCCCAGCACGGUGUGAUCUGAGCUGAUCCCUGCCCACUGCAACUCCAGAUGAGCACUGGGUGGGCAAAAACUUUUUGCAAUAUAGCAAGUUGCUAAUGGCAAAAAAUACAGGAAAGGCAGAUCAUACGAGAUCUUACAUAGAAGUGAUGAAGAGAUAACAGGAUGUGCUGUCAUCUAUCUCUGGCAUCUCUUCUUCCAUGCCCUAAUGACAUCAGCUGGCUGAGACGCAGACAGCUCUGAGGACGAACACGACCACUCUCUUUCAGAUGAGAUUUUAAGCAGAAGCAGAACCUCAAAUGGAAAGUGAGUAAGAUUACGGCACCGUAACCUAGAUUAUUACAAAAGGGGAAACUGCUCAGACCAGAACCUGACUGGAGAUAAACUCUCCCAAAGGUUAAGCGCAUGCAAUAAAUAUCUCCAUCCCUGCUAUUGGCCCAGCAUGCUCUUAGCUGUGAACGGGCCAAUCUAGAAAACUCAGGACCCGUAUUUCUCCUCCCCUUUGCAAACCAGCUUUUAUACCCUGUGGCUUCAUGGGUGCCUUCACACCAGCCUGAAUGAGAGUGGUCCGGGGCAUCAGCUGAAGAGGGACAGUGCUUUUUAUAGCCUGCUGAGCCUUUGUGGAUAACAGUUCUUCUAAGGUAGCCACCGUUCCAACGUCAGCACUAAAGGAGUCGUGUGGUUACACUACCAGCCCUUUAAUUGCUAUAAGUGUAACAAACUAGUUCGAUUUGUCAUUCAGCUGUUGUCGACAGGAAACCACUAACAGCAGUCAACUGACAACGCCAUGAAGAAUUAGGGUUUCUCUUUCUACGUGCUUUAAGGAUUAAAACUUAUCAAGGGGAGCUUAUGUUCUUAAGUACGCACCCUGCAAGGGAUUUUUUAACUCUGGUGGACAACUAGGAUCGAGUGGGCUAUGGUUUAAUCCGAACAAAGGAAUCACCAGGAUGGGCUUACUUGGGAGCAAAAACCAGCUGACGUCCAAUGAGAAAUGCACUUCUGGAAGCAAUCCAAAACACAAGAGUAAACCUCCUCCUGCCCCACCCAAGGGCAGACAAUUUAUCAACAUCCCUCAUCUAAACCAAGCCUCUGUACAAGAAAACGUCAUUGUGAUUGCACUGUACGACUUUGCUGCCUCAAGCGACCGUGAUCUGGAGCUGGUCAAGGGGGAGAAACUCCAAGUCCUCUCCAACGAGGGGGACUGGUGGCUGGCAAAAUCCCUCAGCACUGGGAAGAAAGGCUACAUCCCCAGCAACUUUGUUGCACAAGUGGACAGCUUGGAAGAAGAAAAGUGGUAUUUUAAAACUCUGAGCAGAAAAGAUGCUGAACGGCUGCUGUUGUCUUCUGGUAACAAAGUUGGCUCAUUCCUUGUCAGAGAGAGUGAGACCAGCAAAGGUGCCUAUUCCUUGUCCGUGAGAGACAGCGACUCUGCUCACGGGGACAUCAUCAAACACUACAGGAUCCGCUCCUUGGAUGGCGGGGGUUAUUACAUCUCCCCCAGGACGACGUUCGCCAGCCUGCCAGAGCUAAUCCAUCAUUACAGCCAGAAGGUAGACGGCCUGUGCCAGAGGCUCACAGCUCCCUGCAUAUCCCUGGUUCCCCAGAGGCCCUGGGCACAGGACGAGUGGGAGAUCCCGCGGGAGUCUCUGAAACUUGUGAAGAAACUUGGCAGUGGGCAGUUUGGGGAAGUGUGGAUGGGCUACUACAAGAACAACAUCAAGGUGGCUGUGAAGACCAUGAAGGAGGGCAGCAUGGAUCCUGACGCCUUCUUGGCAGAGGCAAACCUGAUGAAGAGGCUCCAGCAUAACAAACUGGUCCGGCUAUAUGCGGUGGUCACAAAGCAGCCAAUCUACAUUGUGACAGAGUACAUGGCCAAUGGGUGUUUGCUGGAUUACUUGAAGACAGAAGAAGGAAGCCAGCUGAAUCUCCCAAAACUCAUUGAUAUGUCUGCUCAGGUGGCAGAGGGGAUGGCAUACAUUGAGCGAAUGAAUUCCAUCCACCGUGACCUGAGAGCCGCCAACAUUCUCGUCUCGGAGACGCUCUGCUGCAAAAUUGCUGAUUUUGGCCUGGCCAGGAUCAUCGAGGACGAAUACUUGGCGCAAGAAGGGGCCAAGUUCCCGAUCAAAUGGACGGCGCCGGAGGCCAUUAACUUUGGAGUUUUCACCAUCAAAUCCGACGUGUGGUCUUUUGGGAUCCUCCUGACUGAAAUCAUAACCUAUGGCAGGAUCCCCUACCCAGGGAUGACCAACCCCGAGGUGAUUCGCAACCUGGAGCGGGGCUACCGCAUGCCCUGCCCGGACAUGUGUCCUGCCGAGCUCUACAACAUCAUCCUGAAAUGCUGGCGGAACAAGCCCGAGGAGCGCCCGACCUUUGAGUACCUGCAGUCGGUCCUCGAGGACUUUUACACGGCCACGGAGAAGCAGUACGAGCCGGAGCCGCAGCUGUAGGCCACGGUCCCAGCAGCACCUGGGGACAGGUCUGGAGGAAAGCCACCAUCCCACACGGCCCCGCGAUGGCUCUCAUCACGCCUUUCCCUUUCUCCUGUGUGCUGCCACAAUGCGUUUGGAGACAGGGAAGGAGGAGGGACAUGAGGGGAGGUGGCUGCUGCCAGCUCUGUUGCCGUCACCAAGACUGAAGAGGAGGCCAAGAGCUGGAGCAGCUCCUUCCUCCUCGGCCUUGGAGGGCUGCUCCCAUCAGGGGACUCUACUGUGACCUUCUGCUGCCUCCUUCCUGACCCACCUGGGGGCAGAAAAGCCGCUCAGCCCCCCCAGCUGCCAUCCCUCUACCCCCAAAAAGAAGGGAACACAGCCAGGAGUGGGGUAUGGGGCGGCUGCACAGUGUCCCCCCGCGCUGAUGGCACCGCCAGCAUUAAUACAGCCCCCUUCACGCCACGGGCAGGGGUGGGAUGUGUCCUCUCUGCACCUCCGUGGGCCACACCAGGCCUCCGGGCUUUGGAGCAACCCCUCCACGUGGUGCCAACCCCAAAUCCUUAAUAAAGAACUGGAUACGA